AUGUCUCUCCGCAACGAAGAAGACUUCGACAACUACGACGACUACAUCUACCACCUGGCUGGCGGCGACGCCGAGCAAGCCAGUGGAGACGAUGUCUCCAGCGACUCCGAAGCAGGAUCUUCGGAGUCCGCUCCCAUGCGCUCCCCACCCGAAGAAAGGGAUUCGGGCAACGAAAUGGACAUCACUUCGUCCUACCUCCCCCCCUCUUCCCCUUCCUACGGAAGCAGCGGCGAAGAAAUGGACACGGGGGCCUUCGGUCCCACAUACCAAUCCUCCAGCGACGAGGAUUCCUCGGAGCUCAGCGACGCGCCUUCCGAUGACGAAGAGCUUAGGAGUGAAGAAGUCGACAUGGCAGACGCAGAGCCGUCUCCAUACGAAGCCCACGUAGCACAAGCUACGUUUCUUCCCGAUCCCGAUCCCGCCCCAGCAAAUCCCCCCGCCAAAGUCGCAGAAAUCGACAUGCGGGAUGCAGAUCCAGCGCCAGAACCGCACCAGGAAGCCGUCGAGCCAAUUCUCCAAGAAAAUCCCGUGGACCUUGCACCCCCCAAGCAAGAAGAAGAAGAAGAAGUCAUGGAGAUGCAGGCAUCUCCUUCACCCCCACCUCCUCAGCCAUCUCCACCCCCACCACAACCAGCCGCACCCAUCACACACGCCACUCCCGCUUCCCCACCCCCAACUUCCACUGAGCAGCAGCAGCAGCAACAGCAGCAGCCUUCAGCCUCUAAAGCCGCAUCCACCCAAAAAAAGGAGCUUUCAGCGCCCGUGGCCAACAAAGCCAUUCCACAUCUCACACCCACCCCCUCUCUAUCCGCGGAACGUGCGCGAAUCCAAACACUCCUUUCUUCCCUCGCUCUCUUGAACGAAAAGAGCAAGGCGUUCUUUUCGAGGCUGGAUGUCAUGCAUGCGAAGAUUGAGGCGUUGUAG